GCCCCCUGGAGAACCUCGGCCCCCUGGUUGAGCACCACUGUCCUAUCGUACGAGCAGCUGCUGCAGAAGGUGGAUUGGUGUGAGGAGAUGAAGCGGAAGCGGGUGGAGAAGAGGACGGAAGUGGUGGUAGCGUGGUUAAACCGUGCAGAGUGGGAGCAGGUGGUGGAGCAGCUUUACUCCACAGAUCAUCAGCUCCAGUCCCACAGCCUGCACAGACUCUCAGCGUGGAGGAGCAGAUUCGGACCCAGCACCCCGGUGGCGGUGGAGUCCACGGCUAAUCUGGUUCGUUGUCAGAUUCUGGACCACAGUGGACGACUGGAGGGAGACGAUCUGGUGCUGCUGUACGGCAUGGCCCUCACCAGGUUUGUUAAUCUGAUACUGGAGAGGAAACAGGGCAAAGUGGCCAAACCACUGAGACGUCUCGCCAGCAACUUGAAUAUUCCAGAGUGGAUCGUGAAUCUGAGACAUGAUAUGACCCACCGCAGGCUGCCCACACUCAAAUGGUGUCGCAAAGGAUGCGAGUACGUCUUAAACUGGCUCCGGCAGGAGUUCUGGUCUCGGCAGCUCAGCAGCAUCUCGGACUGGAACUCUUCCUCGGAGGAGGAGGAGGAUGACGAGGAUGCCGAGGAGAGGACGAAGAAGCGAGAGGAGGAAGUGGUCAUCAGACAGAAGGAAAUUGAGAGACACAAGCGAGCGAGAGAGCUCCUCAUCUCCUACGAACGAGAACAGUUUCAGGUCUAUGAGGAGAUGCUGAAGCGGGGUUCGGCUCACGGUUCAUGGCCUGAAGCCAGCGCAGAUCUCAGCUGGAUCCUGGCUCAGAUCCAGCAGUUCAACUCCGAGUCCAGGGAGAUUCUGAUAGACGUGCUCGUGCAGGACGGGUUUCUGAUCCCUACAGCGGAGCAGCUGGAGUCGCUUGAUAUCGAUCCGUCAGAGGACCUGCUGGACCCCGCCACCCCCUGUGUUCCGAGAGCGUUCCUCCGGUUCUGGUUGCCGCUCCUGAAGCUGCUGAACUCGAGCCCGUUCAUCGGUCAGCUCCUGACCAGGCUGUUCGCCGAGCUCGGACGCGAACCGACCAAUCACAGAGCUUAUUACAGCUCCGCCUGGAUCGGCGAGAUCCUGUCCGGCAGCGGCAAGGCUUCGGGUGAGUCCAAGGCGGGCAGGAAGAUGAGGGCGGCGAGGGAGACCAUCUUCGCUAACCGGACGCCCUUCAGGUGGCACGAGCUCCUGUCCGCGUGCGUGAGCGCGCCGUGUGCGGCCACGGCGUUCCUGCUACGACAAAUCCUAAUGAGCAUGGACAAGCCCCUCCCCCCGAGCACACAGCGCAGCCUGCUCCGCCUCUGCGCCAUCUACACGCAGGGUCGCCUCGGCGACGGCUCGCCCGGCGACGCCGACCACGCCCAGCCCGUCUACACCGUAGAAAGCCUGCAGGAGCGAGUGGGCGUGGCCGCGCCAAACAGGCACGCCCUCUGUGCCGAUCGGGCUGCAGGAUCGCCGCAGGCCACGCCCGUACGGGAGGUUCGGGAGCAGCCGAGUGCGGAAAGCGUCCAGGAAAGGAACGCGGCGUUACGCGGCUCGCCGUGGAGCGUGUGCACAGAUAAGGUGCAGUGGGGCCGGUACCCGUUGGGGAAGGUCCCGGGGCAGACGGACGACCCGGCGUGUCUGAUGGUGGAGAUGUACAGCACGCUCAACGUGUUCGACCAGCAGGUCAAAGGUCACACACACCACGCCACAGACGGUGCACCUCUACAGAACAGACCCGGAUCAGAAGGACUUGUGUGGACGCAGAACGACUUAAACAAGAUCAAAGCCGGAUUAAAACUCUUCUAACACACACACACACACACACACACACACACACACACUGCAGUGUACGUCGGCGCUCCCUAAAGUGUUUACUGAGGCUCCCAUCCAGGGCUGGAGCACAAUCUGCCCUAAAUGUAGAUAAUUGUGGCCACUUUAUUAGGUACACCUAUUUACCUAUCCCAGCCAAUCAUGUUAACGUAAUGUGUGGGUAUACAAGUACUGACUGUAGAUCUGGGUGUUUGAACGUCCUGACAACACUGCUGCACCUAAUGUGCUUGCACCAGAACAACACGCACCACCAUGACGUCACCAUGUGACGGUUGGGAUAUUAGGAAGGCUAUGUGAUGAGGUAUCAGCUGGGCUACAGUCAGUAGUUGUAUACUCAGAUGUUAAAAAAUACACAUACACAACAUGAUCUGUAGAUCUCUGAGUUUCAUAAGUCAUUAUUUUAUUUGGGGUGCUGUGAACAGGGUCGGAUCCACUGGUGCGCGUCCAUAUGUUCAUCACUAGUCCCCCAAGUGUACGUUCUAGUCUGUGUGUACCUUCAGAAGCAUGAACCAGUGUUACACCUUGUUGUUUUAUAUUAAACUAAUUUUGAUGGAAACAA